AUGGAUUUAGAAGUCUUCAAAAAAGUGGAAGCCUUUGUUUGGUCACUUCUUCACCUAGUGGAUAGCGAUGGCGAUGAUGCGACCCACGAAGAAGCACGCUUACCAAGUCAUAUGAACUCUUUAAAGGACUAUGUCCUGGACUUCGAAGGCACCCUUCGAGGAAUACAGACUCUGGUCGGCAACGCACUCGUAACUCCUCCGUUGCGAGUGUCCAUGGGCGGCGCUAAUUGCUUACCAUCAGCAUGCGUAGAAAAAGAAUGCAUCGACUGGGAAGGGAAGUCUGUCCCCCACGGUCUGCUGUAUGUGCCUGGCCCGGGCGUCUGUUCGUUAUGUGUCUGCUACCACUCUGAGCCCAUGUGGUGCAAGGCUAUUUACUGUGAUCCGCCUUAUUUCUGCAAAAACUUCCGCGUCGGAGCACGAUGCUGUGAAUUCGAGUGCCUCGACCCUCCUGGUGAAGACGUGCGGUACAGGGAAAGGGAGCGACUCCGAGCCCUCAUCCUCUCCGGCAACUCCUCAGCACCCCACCAUGGACCCUCCAUGGAACUCAAAGCCGGGAUCUCCCUCCUAGCAGUAGUCGUCGCACGAUUCGUAUGA